AGUAAGAUGGCGACCAAAGCGUGACUGUGUAUGUGACGUUUAUAUUCUGCGCCGGUAGGGGAUUUUGAUACAACACCGUGUUAAAAACCUACCGCAAGUCUUACUUCAAGUGAUUAAAAAUGUCAGCUCCAACAGCAAAGGAAAGAAAGGCAUGCUGGGAUGCACGAGACCAGUACUGGCAUUGCUUGGACAGUAAUAGAGAUGAUGAUGCAAAGUGCCAAGCGCUCCGACAUUGUUUUGAAAGCCGUUGUCCACAGCAAUGGCUAAAAUACUUUGACAAAAGAAGAGAUUAUUUGAAAUUCAAAGAAAAACUUGAAAUGGGUGAAUAUCAGCCUCCAGAGACACAAAAAUCUUGAGUUUCACUCAGUAGAGAAAAAAACAAACAAAAUACCUUUACACAUGGAAGAACCUGAAUAUUAUUUAAGUCAUGGAUAUAUCUCUUCAGUUAAAUGACUGAUGGAUUGUUUUCAGUGUUUACUGACAUGUUUAAAGAUUUUAUCAUCGAAGGACGAAAAUGAAUGCAGAUAACUAUAAUAAUUCUCUAAUGACUACUGUAAUGAUAACAGAAUAAUAUAUACAGUGGCAUAUAUUGCUUGCAUAAAAUUGCAAAGUGUU